AUGCCCUUCCAAAUCAAAGACAAGACCGAGCGCUUCAAGCUUGCUGCAUUGCCGGGAGUCCCGAAUGUGUUCUUCGAUGACAUGCUCGGGACCCAACAGAGCGAUAUCCCCGACCCCAUCGUGGGGGCUUGGUUUCGCAUGGAGAAGGGAACUGAGUCGACAGCCCCAACCUACGAAUAUGAUGAAUUCGGGGUGGUAUAUGAGGGGGAGUUCAACUUUCGCGACGAGACGGGUCAGACCGCGACGCUGAAGGCAGGCGACGUGUUUUUCUUUCCGAGGGGAAGCACUAUCACUUUCUCGUCGGAUAGUUAUGGACUUGCGGUGAAAUGUCGGAGUCAGAGAUAUGUAAAGCUCUAG